UGUCCGUUGUAGCCAUUGGAUUGGAGCAUUCUUACCCAAUUAGAAUGCAUUAAGACAUUUAAAUAGAGGAUCCCCGUAGAUGAUUUCACAUGAGUCCUGGGUCUUGAAAAAGUCUGUACUAAUCGGAUGAAACGCGUAGACAGGAGGACAAAGAACAGCUUUACAGACUCUUUUUCGUAUCUGCACAAGGAAGAAUAAACUGCCACCGGAAGUGUUAUUGCAUCAGCGCCACUGACCUCCGUACACGCAGGGAUACAACAGGAGCAGAAGGGGCGGAAAAGACUUUGGUGCAGCCGGAAAGAUUACAUAUCAAAAGGCAAUAUUCUUACAGUUAUCUUAUAACGGGUUUUAAUACAGUUGUAUUUACUUAGAAGGAACACAGUCUUCUGAACUAACAGGGCAGCUGCAGUUUGCCAAGAAUACGGCAAAAUGGGAAACUGCAUGACGAUACGAAAUGAGACGCCGUAUCCUUUCUCAUAUUGCUACUGCUAUCAAGCAUCAAACCAUGUUGUUCAGGGAGGUGGAAAGGUUGGUGCAGGAGGAUCAGCUGAAAUUCAUCAUCUUGUGCUACCUAGCUUCUUGUAUCUCCAAUAUGGAUCACACCAUGGAAAUGAUGUACGUUAUAAUUCAGACUUAAUGCGUGAAUACAACCCAGUUGAUAAUCCUACUUUCUACAUACGAGUGCGAGGACAUGACCAGUCAAUUUUUGAGCUGACAUGUGACCGAGGUGGCCCUAUUUCCACUUGUCCUAAUUAUGGAAAACAAGAAGAAGACAGAAUUCGAAUGGAAAGAGAACGAGAAGAAGAAAAAAAGAGAGCAGAAGAAAAAAGAAAGAGGGAGGAAGAAAGGAAGAGGGCAGAAGAAAAGCAGAAGAGCGAGGAAGAGAGGAGGAAGGCAGAAGAAGAGAGGAAGAGGGAGGAGGAGAAGAGGAGGGCAGAAGAAGAGAGGAAGAGGGAGGAGGAGAGGAGGAGGAGGGCAGAAGAAAAGCAGAAGAGCGAGGAAGAGAGGAGGAAGGCAGAAGAAGAGAGGAAGAGGGAGGAGGAGAAGAGGAGGGCAGAAGAAGAGAGGAAGAGGGAGGAGGAGAGGAGAAGGGCAGAAGAAGAGAGGAAGAGGGAGGAGGAGAGGAGGAGGGCAGAAGAAAAGCAGAAGAGCGAGGAAGAGAGGAGGAAGGCAGAAGAAGAGAGGAAGAGGGAGGAGGAGAAAAGGAGGGCAGAAGAAGAGAGAAAGAGGGAGGAGGAGAGGAGGAGGGCAGAAGAAGAGAGGAAGAGGGAGGAGGAGAGGAGAAGGGCAGAAGAAGAGAGGAAGAGGGCAGAAGAAGAGAUGAGGAGACAAGUGAGGUUAGAACAAGAGAGAAGGAUCCAGGAGGAUAUCCAAAGAGAAAAACAGUCUCUUGAAAAAAAGCUUGCAGAAACUAAGGAGAAGCUCCAGUCAAAACGUUGUCAAGUUGCAGAAUUCCAACAGCACUCCCAAAUCUUGAACUUUGUUGUAGACGAUGAUGCUCUUGCCAUCCAGGCCAAUGAGAUUAAAUAUGUUGAAGAAAAGUUUCAUAAACUCUUGAAAGAUUACAAUAUUCAGGAAAAUGAAAUAAUGUUAUCUAGAAACAUUGCAGAGCGAAUAAUGGCGCUUCAGCAUCAAGCUGCAGUUGAAUAUUCCAGGAAAAAUAAUUUACCCAUGUUUUGUCUGACGAAUAUGGAAGAUGUUUUCAGUUUUGAGAAUCUCUCCUUAAGCGAAAAUAUAAAACUUCUUAAGGCAAUGAUUAAUGUUUGUCUAACUGACUCAGCAAAAGCUGAUUUUCCAAUGUCCCAAAAUAUUAGUAAAAUAGAUGCAAAGACAUACUACUUGUCACUAAUGAUAAAUAAACUUUACAAAAAAAACAAGACCAUAGCUAAACAUGUAAUGCAGGGCAUAAUAAACAAUUUUUCAACUUUUAACCAGGAAUUCAUAAGUCAGAUCAUAUUCAAUAAUAUUUGGACUCCUACUCAAGCUUUGGAAUUCUAUCUAGAGGCAGGCAGCAAAAACAUAUCUCAAUGCAAAGUUGAGCGGAUCCUGCAUGAGGCCCAAACUUACAUGAUAUCAGCAAAUAAAGCAAUCUCUGCGCUUAAUGAAAAUGACCCCACAAUGUAUCUGAAAAUGCAAAUUAUGGAAGGGGACAAAGAUGUCAAGUCGAUUGUAGAGGAGAUGAGAUCUAAUGGUCACCCUGAAAACCUUCUAAGAAUUCUUGAAGUGGUUUUGCAGGAAGUAGUUAGGUUACUUCCUAAUUUCUCAUCUAUAGAUUUAGAUGAAAAUAUGAAGAAUGAAGGAAUCCAAGAAAUAAGAAAUAUUGACAUAGAAAAUCCGAAUAUCAAAAGUCUUGUGAAGAUUUUGAUUGGCUUAUCAGUUGCUAUUGAAGACACAACAACUUCAAAAAGUAGAAAAGGCUACUUUCCACGUGCCACCCAACUUGCUUCUCUGUUAACACUUCUCUUGUUCAAGACACCAGACACCAAGAGCUGCCUUUUGGAGAUUGCUACAGGGGAAGGGAAAUCUACAAUAGUGGCAAUGUUUGCUUUAAUACAGGCCAUUAGAGGAAAAACUGUGGAUAUAAUCACCAGCAACCCAGUACUAGCCCGUCGUGACCAGGAAGAAUGGAAGAAAUUGUAUGACAUGUUUGAUGUAACUUGUAGUGUGAUUCCUCCCAAAGGUAUAGACGAAUGUUCUGACUAUAGGGAUAGAAAUAAACUCCUCCAAGAUGCUUAUAAAUGUGAUGUUGUGUAUGGAACCGUAGAUGCCUUUGCAGCAGACAUCCUUAGACAGGAAUUUGAAAAAAAAACAACUAGAGGCAACCGUAAAUUUGACAUUGCACUGGUAGAUGAAGUGGAUUAUAUGACUCUAGACAAUGGCGUUCAGAUCACUUUCCUCUCUCAUGAUGCCACUGGCAUGCGCCACUUAGAUCAGUUACUAACUGCAAUAUGGGCACGAGUGUGUUUCUGCCAGAGAAUUGAAGAGGCAGAGACAGGUGACAUUUUCUGGACAUCUGGAAUACAAUAUUUCCAUAAGUUAAUAACAGAUGCUGUACUGGGGCAACAAACAUCUGAAAAUUUCACUCCUGAUGAAAUUCUAAUUUGUGCUGUGCAAGAAGGAUUCCUUGGAGAAGAGGAUUUGGAGAUAAUAAAAUCAGAAAAAAAUAAUUCAUCAGAAUCUGCCACUAAAGGUGUAGAAAACAAUCCCGUGGGAAAGCUACUUAAAAAACUAGGACCAUCUCAACAGAAAGCUCUUUUAACAAUAUUUGGAAAAGCCUUAGAUGAUGCUGUGCAAUUUAAAUUUUAUGAGUUAAAAAACGGAAAAGCAUCCUUAACAGAAUCUAGCUGUGAGACAAAUGAUAGUCCUACCAUCUCUGUGUUACUAUUGGAAGAAGGGAAAGCAUGUAUGUUGAUGAGUGAAAAAAAUGUAAUUGAUGCAACUGCAGAGGAAAUCUCCUCUAAAACCAAAUAUUCUGAUAGCUAUCAACCAACUGAUAUUAAGGAUAGUGAUGGAAAGGCCAUUCUUCUGCCAGGGUUUUUAAAAGAAUAUGUAAAGAAUAGACUCAAUGUCUUCAUAGAGAAUGCUCUCAGAGCAUUAGUGAUGGAGAAAGGGAGACAGUAUACAAUUGAUUCCAGAGAAAAGUCUGACUCACAUGAAAGUGACUGUAUAAUUCCUAUUGAUUUCAAAUCAACAGGAGUUCUAGAAAAAAACAAGCGCUGGGGAGAUGGACUACAGCAGUUCCUUGAGAUAAAGCAUCAACUUGCUAUAACACCAUUGUCUAAUGUAACCAACUUCAUGUCCAAUGUCCACUUCUUCCAACGAUAUUCCUGCAACUCUGGAGUAUAUGGAGUAUCUGGAACCCUUGGUGAUGAGAGUGAAUUUAUAUUUUUGAAAAAACAUUUUAAAACAAGUUGCUAUCCCAUGCCCACUCAUCGACACACCAAGAAAGUUGAAAUACCAACUAUACAGGUUGGAGGAGGCAAAGAGGCAUGGAUCACUGAAAUAUGUAAGUGUAUUAAGAAAAGGACAAGUCCAAAAGAAUGGAUCAAAGGUCAAGCUGUCCUGGUGAUUUGUGAAGAUGUCAAAACAGCAGAAGAACUCCAGUUGAAACUGAUAGAACUCAAUGCAGUUUCCAGCCCUGAAAAAAUUACCCUUUAUACAAGGAACGAUAAGCAUGAUGUAGAGAAGCGAGUGUUUGAUUCUGGUGAUGUGAUUUUGGCAACAAACUUGGGUGGUAGAGGAACAGACAUUAAAGUCACUGACAAUGUGAACUGUAGUGGAGGUUUAUUUGUUUAUCUCACUCAUUUGCCUGCUAACCUGAGGGUUGAGAAACAAAUAUUUGGGCGCACAUCCCGUAAAGGAAAUCCAGGAAUGGUUCAAAUGAUAUUAAAUCAGCAAAAUCUGUCUCCCUCAUAUAAAGGUCAAUCAGUUGAAAUGAUCAGGGACAGGAGGGAGAGGUAUGAGGAUCAGCGUAUCCUAUAUAUGGAGAACGAUGAGCUUUUGGAAGUAGACAUGCGUCAUGAGCUUUUUACCCACUUUUGCAAAUUCCUUGACGAGUUUGAGAACAAUUACUCUUUAGUUGAGAAAUCUGACAUUUACAACAUUAAGGCUUCACAUAGCUACAUGUCUGCUUUGUCCAGUAGUAAUAAAUUAGAUUAUCAACCUGCUCUUAAUGCCCUAAAGGAAACCUGGGCCAUAUGGCUAACGUUGCAUGAAGAAGACAUUAAUAAUCACAAAGACCUAAUGCCCCUGAAGGAUGACCUGAGCAAACUCCUGUCAUAUAGAUCUGAAAAUCUUCUACAGGGGACAUCUAAUAAUUUUUACGAUUUCAUUAAAGUAGCCAUGGAUAGAACAUACUUACACAUUAAUGAUCAUGAGAAUGACUAUGGUGCCUUAGAUUACUGGAGGAAAGUAGAAAAUACUGACCCUGUCUACAGUGCCAUCUCACUUUACAAUCGUGCUUUUAUAACUAUCAAUCUUGAAAAGGAAAAUUAUGAACAAGAAGCUAUAGACCUAUUGACAGAGGCAAAAAAGACUAUGAAUGUGUAUAUCUGUGAAGCAACUAACGUAAACUCUUUUGGAUACAUAACUCAUGGUACAGGGUUUCCACCACAUCAUGAAAAAAACAAUUUUACUUUACAAAUUGAAGCACGAAUGGGCUUACUCAAAGCUUGGGUAAAUAGUAUUGAUAAGUCCAUAGAGAAAUUACAAGAUUUAAAAUCAAAAAAAGAAGACGCAAUAACCAAAGAGAUCGCAAUCUUUGGUCUCUUAGAUAACUAUAGCAAUAUAGUUGCGGCUGAGCUAUCUCUACUUUAUGAUUAUGGGCUAUCAUUUGUCUUUGAAGUGAAGAAAAAGCCAAAGUUCUGCAUAGAUGCUCUGAUAUGUUUUAUACUUGGUGUCUUGCAAGUCCUGGCUGGGAUUGCAGUCUGUGUCUUAACCCUUGGCGCAGCUACUCAGAUUGGUAUGGGCUUCAUUUCUGAAGGUAUCAGUGAUAUGAUUUCUGGUGCAGAAGGGAUGAUAAAAGGAGCUUUUGAUUGGGCAGAAUGGGCUAUAUCCAAAGCUAUUAGUAUUGCAUUAUCACUAGUUACUGCUGGAUUCAAUGUUGCAGAAAAAGUAGCAAAGGCUGUAUUCAAGGCGGGAAAAGAGUUGUUAAAUGGAACACGGAGUCUUGCAUCAGCAGCAAAGAGUAUUGCAAGUUCCACCAAAGCAAUAUUGACAACAGCAACCAAGAGUGUAAAAACGGUUGCUUCAAAAGCAUCUGUACAAACAGUAUCUCAAUCUAUUAAAACAUUUGCUAAAAGUGAAACAACUAAAGUGGUGCUAAAAGAAACACUAAAGUCCACAGGGAAAGUACUAGUCACGCAGGCAGCUUCGAAAGCUUUAGACUAUGCUGUUGACGCAGGAGUUGAAGCUGUUUUUAAGGAAAUAAUAAAGAAUUCAAUCAAGAAGCAAGUCACUGACUUUGUGAAAGGCAACACGGAACUAGAAAAAGCUCUUAUCACUUUUAUUGUAGAAAAUGGGGUUCCAGAUUUUACAUUAAAAAGUGAAAAUCCUUCUCACUACAAGAUAUUCCCAACUAUAGAAAAUCAAACAAAGGAAAUGGUAUCAAAUUUCACCAAACAUACAUUUAAAAAGAUUGUUAAUGAGGACCAAACUGCUAGAAAAGUUGUAUCAGGGUUGCAGAAAUCAAGCAAGUUUGUUAUUGCAAUAUUGAAAGAAAUGAAAGCAAAUGGCAGCUUAAUUAAAGGGAUUCAACUAAGUGUUCAUAUUGCACAAACUUGUACUAAACUUGCUGACACGUUGAAUUCUUUACCCACUGGGGAGGUAAUCAAUGGCAAAAUUAUACCAAUCUUAAUCACAAAACUACCAGGUGCAUUGAACUUCAAAAAUGAUGAUCGGAGAAAGUUCCCUGAGGUAUCGAGGUUGAAUCAAGAGCUACAGAAUUCAGUAUCGGCUUGUAUUUCUGAUGAGUUUAUUGACUUGAUAGCUGCCAAGUUAACAGAUUUGGUUAAAACUGAAUGGGGAAACCCUUUUAUACAAGAGGCUACUGGAGAACUAAAGAAGAACGCAAACGAAUGGUUACUGAAAACCCCAAUGAAAAAGUUCUUUGUCUUUUCAAGUCAGACCGAUAUUAAAAGUUCAGAAAAAUCAGAUCAAGGGGACCACAAUAAAGAAAAGAUUAGUGCAUUUAUAAAGAAUAUACAGGAGAAUAAUGACAUGGCCAUACAUUUAAAGCUCAAAGUUCUGACCAAAUGUGAACUGCUCAACAACCAAGGGAUUAUACUGACAAUAAUAAAGGAUGGCAAGAAGAUAUCUACUGAGCAUUAUUCUUCAUUACAGUCAUCAGAAAAGAACAUCCAGAUCCAAAUGCAAGAGAGCACCAAUGGGAAGCUCAAGUUCAGCUAUGUGGAGUCAGAUGGAACAGUGUCACCUGCAACUGAUUAUGGGGAACUGGGGCUGUACCAAGCUGUGAGCAAGGCUAUAAGCAAGAAUGAUAUGGACAUAAAGGAAUCAGCGCUGGCUCUAAAGAAAGGGGUGGAGCUUAAGAUGCACGGGAGCUGGAACGACUUUUUGCCUUUAGUGCAUAAAGAAAUGCUGAGACAGGAACUGGCGAUCCUGGCGAUAAAUUACAGAAUUCUCGGUGUGGCAUCUGGAUAAAGAGGAAUCACAUCACUUUUACACAAUUUAAUUGAUAUUUAAUUAUAUGUAAAUAAGAGAUUUAUGUAAACAGUGAAGGGUAUAGGAUCCGUUUGUUACUGUGGGUUUAUAUUCACAACGCUAAUCUUCAAUCAUGUUACACUCUUUUAGUUUAUGAGUUUGAGAGCAGAGGGUUUUAUUACAUCUAGCUCCAUGGGCCCUAUUUAUUAAACUGGCUAAGUAUUUCUGUGGGCCAUUUUGGUACAGGCUCACUUAAAGCCUCCGAAGUUGUGAAUGGCAGACAGCCCUGGAUGACUGACAAGCCCUGCUCACACACAAUUGGUUGCACAUGUAAAGAUGGUGAAUGCAUGUGUAUGAGGUCCUCCCCAUAAGAACCUUGUCUGCACAUAUCUUCAUAAAUAUAUGCUGAAACACAUUUCAUAUAAUUGCAUAGAAGGGCAUGUAAUAUUAAACAACUUUUACAUAAUCUAUUUUCUAUUAAUUUGCUUUGCUCUCUUGUGUCUUUUGUUGAAAAACAUACUUAGGUAGGCUCAGGAGCAGCAAAGCAUUACUGGGAGAUAGUGGCUGAUUGGUGCUACACACAUAUAUGUCUCUUGUUAUUGGGUCACCAGAUGUGAUCAGCUAGCUCACAUUAGUGCAUUGCUGCUCCUUCAACAAAGGAUACUAAAAGAAUGAAGCACAUUUGAUAAUAGAAGUAAAUUGGAAAGUUGUUUAAUUUGUUUUGUUCUGUCUGAAUCAUGGUAGAAAAAUAAAUUGUGUUUUGGAUCUUUAACAUGACUAUAGGUGCUGAAAUAACAGAAUACAAAACUGAGAUAUUAAUUGAUGCAUUUCAGUGUUAAAUAGAUGCAUUUACAUCACAAACACAUGAGCAAAACUGCUUCUAGUAGACAUUAUUUUCCCCAUUGUUUAAACAUAAGACAUGGUUCACAGCCAGGAACUUGUCUGUUUGGUAUAUCAGGAAAAGCAAAUACAGCCACGCCCCUUUGUUCUUGUGCAACCAAUUGCAGGAGAGCAAGACUUUACAACCAUCCUGGUUGGAUGUGACAGGGAUGAUUUAAAGGGACCAUACACUUUAAAACUGGUUUCCCUUUAAAAGGAAAUGAAACCCAAAAAAUGUUACAUUGUUAUUCAGACAAUUAAAAAAAAAGAAGUUUCAA